CUCUUUCGCUCGCUCUCGGCUGCCGCUCUUGCUGCGGCUGCGGCUGGGGCUGGGGGCGGCGGCGGCGACGCGGGCGGCGGGCGGCGCGGGGCGGUCCGGCGGGUUCAAAGAGGAAAACAUGGCGGAAAACAAAGGCGGCGGCGAGGCUGAGAGCGGCGGCGGGGGCAGCGGCAGCGCGCCGGUAACUGCUGGGGCCGCCGGGCCCGCGGCGCAGGAGGCGGAGCCGCCUCUCACCGCGGUGCUGGUGGAGGAGGAGGAGGAGGAAGGCGGCAGGGCCGGCGCUGAGGGCGGCGCGGCCGGGCCCGACGACGGGGGGGUGGCCGCGGCCUCCUCGGGCUCUGCCCAGGCUGCUUCAUCCCCUGCGGCCUCAGUGGGCCCUGCAGUUCCCGGGGGCGCGGUAUCGACGCCGGCUCCAGCUCCAGCCUCGGCUCCCGCUCCGGGUCCCUCGGCGGGGCCGCCUCCUGGACCGCCAGCCUCGCUCCUGGACACCUGCGCCGUGUGUCAGCAGAGCUUGCAGAGCCGGCGUGAGGCGGAGCCCAAGCUGCUGCCCUGUCUUCACUCCUUCUGCCUGCGCUGCCUGCCGGAGCCGGAGCGCCAGCUCAGCGUACCCAUCCCGGGGGGCAGCAACGGCGACAUCCAGCAAGUUGGUGUAAUACGGUGCCCAGUAUGCCGCCAAGAAUGCAGACAGAUAGACCUUGUGGAUAAUUAUUUUGUGAAAGACACAUCUGAAGCUCCUAGCAGUUCUGAUGAAAAAUCAGAACAGGUAUGUACUAGUUGUGAAGACAAUGCAAGUGCAGUUGGCUUUUGUGUAGAAUGUGGAGAGUGGCUAUGUAAGACAUGUAUCGAAGCACAUCAAAGAGUAAAAUUUACUAAAGAUCACUUGAUCAGGAAGAAAGAAGAUGUCUCAGAGUCUGUCGGAGCAUCUGGUCAACGCCCUGUUUUCUGCCCUGUACACAAACAAGAACAGUUGAAACUUUUCUGUGAAACAUGUGAUAGACUGACAUGUAGAGACUGUCAGCUAUUGGAACACAAAGAACAUAGGUAUCAGUUUUUGGAAGAAGCUUUUCAAAAUCAGAAAGGUGCAAUUGAGAAUCUACUGGCUAAACUUCUUGAGAAGAAGAAUUAUGUUCAUUUUGCAGCCACUCAGGUGCAGAAUAGGAUAAAAGAAGUAAAUGAGACUAACAAACGAGUAGAACAGGAAAUUAAAGUGGCCAUUUUCACCCUUAUCAAUGAAAUUAAUAAGAAAGGAAAAUCUCUCUUACAGCAGCUAGAGAAUGUUACAAAGGAAAGACAGAUGAAGUUACUACAGCAGCAGAAUGACAUCACAGGCCUUUCCCGGCAGGUGAAGCAUGUUAUGAACUUCACAAAUUGGGCAAUUGCAAGUGGCAGCAGCACCGCACUACUAUACAGCAAGCGACUGAUUACUUUCCAGUUGCGUCAUAUUUUGAAAGCACGGUGUGAUCCUGUCCCUGCUGCUAAUGGAGCAAUACGUUUCCAUUGUGAUCCCACCUUCUGGGCAAAGAAUGUAGUCAAUUUAGGUAAUCUAGUAAUAGAGAGUAAACCAACUCCUGGUUAUACUCCUAAUGUUGUAGUUGGGCAAGUUCCUCCAGGGACAAACCACAUUAGUAAAACCCCUGGACAGAUUAACUUAGCACAGCUUCGACUUCAGCACAUGCAACAACAAGUGUAUGCACAGAAACAUCAGCAGUUGCAACAGAUGAGGAUGCAGCAACCACCAGCACCUGUACCAACUACAACAACAACAACACAACAGCAUCCUAGACAAGCAGCCCCUCAGAUGUUACAACAGCAGCCUCCUCGAUUGAUCAGUGUGCAAACAAUGCAAAGAGGCAACAUGAACUGUGGAGCUUUUCAAGCCCAUCAGAUGAGACUCGCUCAGAAUGCUGCCAGAAUACCAGGGAUACCCAGGCACAGCGGCCCUCAGUAUUCCAUGAUGCAGCCACACCUCCAAAGACAACACUCAAACCCAGGGCAUGCUGGACCCUUUCCCGUAGUAUCGGUACACAACACCACAAUCAACCCAACGAGCCCUACUACAGCAACUAUGGCAAAUGCAAACCGAGGUCCCACCAGCCCAUCUGUUACAGCAAUAGAGCUAAUCCCCUCAGUUACCAAUCCAGAAAACCUUCCAUCGCUGCCAGAUAUUCCACCCAUACAGUUGGAAGAUGCUGGCUCAAGUAGUUUAGAUAAUCUACUAAGUAGAUACAUCUCAGGCAGUCACCUACCCCCACAGCCUACAAGCACCAUGAAUCCCUCCCCAGGACCCUCUGCCCUUUCUCCGGGAUCAUCAGGUUUAUCCAAUUCUCACACACCUGUGAGACCCCCAAGUACUUCUAGUACUGGCAGUCGAGGCAGCUGUGGCUCAUCAGGAAGAACUGCUGAGAAGACAAGUCUUAGUUUCAAAUCUGAUCAGGUGAAGGUCAAGCAAGAACCUGGGACUGAAGAUGAAAUAUGUAGCUUUUCAGGAGGUGUAAAACAAGAAAAAACAGAGGAUGGCAGGAGGAGUGCUUGCAUGUUGAGCAGUCCCGAGAGUAGCUUGACACCACCUCUCUCAACCAGCCUGCAUCUAGAAAGUGAGUUGGAUGCAUUGGCAAGCCUGGAAAACCAUGUGAAAACUGAACCUGCAGAUAUGAAUGAAAGCUGCAAACAGUCAGGGCUCAGCAGCCUUGUUAAUGGAAAGUCCCCAAUUCGAAGCCUCAUGCACAGGUCGGCAAGGAUUGGAGGAGAUGGCAACAAUAAAGAUGAUGACCCAAAUGAAGACUGGUGUGCUGUCUGCCAAAAUGGAGGAGAUCUCUUGUGCUGCGAAAAAUGUCCAAAGGUCUUUCAUCUAACUUGUCAUGUUCCAACACUACUUAGCUUUCCAAGUGGGGACUGGAUAUGCACAUUUUGUAGAGAUAUUGGAAAGCCAGAAGUUGAAUACGAUUGUGAUAAUUUGCAACAUAGUAAGAAGGGGAAAACUGCGCAGGGGUUAAGCCCCGUGGACCAAAGGAAAUGUGAACGUCUUCUGCUUUACCUCUAUUGCCAUGAAUUAAGUAUUGAAUUCCAGGAGCCUGUUCCUGCUUCGAUACCAAACUACUAUAAAAUUAUAAAGAAACCAAUGGAUUUAUCCACCGUGAAAAAGAAGCUUCAGAAAAAACAUUCCCAACACUACCAAAUCCCAGAUGACUUUGUGGCUGAUGUCCGUUUGAUCUUCAAGAACUGUGAAAGGUUUAAUGAAAUGAUGAAAGUUGUUCAAGUUUAUGCAGACACACAAGAGAUUAAUUUGAAGGCUGAUUCAGAAGUAGCUCAGGCAGGGAAAGCAGUUGCAUUGUACUUUGAAGAUAAACUCACAGAGAUCUACUCAGACAGGACCUUCGCACCUUUGCCAGAGUUUGAGCAGGAAGAGGAUGAUGGUGAGGUAACUGAGGACUCUGAUGAAGACUUUAUACAGCCCCGCAGAAAACGCCUAAAGUCAGAUGAGAGACCAGUACAUAUAAAGUAAAAUGACAUAGAUUUGAAUCAAUUGUUAAAAAACAAAAAAAAACAAAAAACCCACAAAACUUUUUAAGUGUUGCUGGAAUAUCCUGCCUACAGUGGGCACCUCCUUGAAGAAGCUGAUAGCUUUUACACAGUAUUAGAUUGAAAUAAUGGACAGAAACACAUUCUUGUCAAGAAAGGGGGAGAGAACUCUUUGCAACUUUAAAAGCAAAAAGCAAAAGUGAAAUGAUAUGAGGAUUUCUGUUCUAGUGAGGAUGAUUCUCUGAUUGUUAGAAAUGGCAAAUGUUGAUGAUUGUGUGCUAUUGAUUGGUGCAGGAUACUUGGUGUACGAGUAAAUACUUGAGGCUCGUGUCACUUGAUAAAUUUUCUUUUUGGACUAGGUCACACAGUUAUUAAAAUAACUUUUAACCCUCCCCCUUCACACACAUACAUAUCAGGUUGUUUUCUAGUUGAAAACCCAAGUAGCUCAGAUUCUACUUUAAUGUCAGUGCAGAUUUGCAUUGAAUCAUGCCAUUAUAUUUUUUCUCAUUUUUAUGCUGUUGGGUCUUAGUUUUAAAAUUGAUAUAAAGAACUCAGCAGUGGUUUUAUUUUCUGCUCAUACUUAGGGUUUAGGAAACACGACCACUAGUUAUCAUUUAAUCAACUUCAAUGGUCUACUGAAAUAAAAACAGUAACUUUUCAUUAGUGGAUUAUUUAGAGUUAUAGUAGUCAUUUCCAGAAAACACUUAGAAUUGUACUUCCCAAUCAAAUCAUGUGAUCAUACAGUUAUUCCCAUGAAAGGCAGAAUGUUUGUUUCAAAAUUAAUCUAGUUUUCUGUACAUUUAAAUUUGAUUGAGAAGGUGACAACUGGCUCUUUUCCAGUCUUCCUUCAUGUCAGUUUUCUGAUAGACCACUAUUGGCAAACAGUAUCUGUCAACUACCAAAUGUGUAAAAUUUUCUGUAUUUCACUUUGUCUUAUUUGUAAAUAGUGAACUAAAACUUUUGGCAGAUCAGCAACAUUUGCUGAGCCUGUUUUUUAAGCUAAUGUGUAUUCUUACUAAUGUUCCUAUCAAGAAUGGAUUUGUAAUAUAUUCUGUCUAUUUCUAAUGUUCACAUUCAUAUUUUGAGGUUCUAUCUUAUUUUAAUAGAGAACAGACUUCUCAAAAAAAUCUUCAGAAGCAGCUUAUUAUUGAGAUAUCAAAAUAUUGAAAUAAACCCGGUGGGGUUAGAUUACUCAUCUGUCCACCAAGUGGGACAUUUGCAUGGACUGGGGGCUUAAAGGACUUAGAAGAGACCUGUAAGUAAAUCCUGAAAAUGAGCCAAUCCCCACUUGAAUGGUUACUGGAGUAAACCCACCUUUACCACCCCAACUACAGCACCCGAGGCAGAUAAAUCAACUUGGCUCUGGUUCAUUUUUCUUUUCUUCAUUUGUGAUGCUCACAUUCAAAAUGUGUGUUCUACAGUGUUACAGGCUUCUCUUUUGUUUGAUUAAAGAUUUUAAUCCUACUUUUGUAUGGACACAUUAGAAUAUACAGAGACCAAAAUAGAAGAAGUUGCCAUUAGAUAUUUUUCAGAAAUUAGCAUUUGUGGCAAAUCAUUUAUUUGCCUUUUUAAAAAUUUAGUUUAAGCAGUUCAGAGAGUAGACUACUCAGAAAAUUAUUUCACAUAAUUGUCUAAGAGGUCAAUAUUUUUUAGUGCAUAUUGAAUCAAAUAAAGUGCUCUAAAGAAAUUAUUAUACAAAUUCCUUUGGGUUGUUUUUCUUUUCUUAACAAGGGGUGGGGGUAAAUAGGAAUACGAUUGAGGCUUCCUGGUUGUGUAUUUAAAGAGUAUUGAUUUUAUUAUUGCUAUUGAUUUACUUUAUUCCUGGCUUCCUCUUCACUUUCACUUUUUUAAAAAUAAUUUAAGCCUUUGAAAAUACACCAAACUGUUGAAACAUUUUACUCAAAUUUUAAAUUCCUAAGAAAAGUUUUUUAAUAAGAGGGAGAAAAUUAUUUAAAAAUACUUAUGCCUAUGCCUGUUUCCCUCUUUUUUCACAACAUCCAUGAUUUCAGUUUAUAAGUAGACAUAUAUCUAAGGGCACAUUUUUGGAAAGUGAGGAAUAGCAGCAGUAUAACUUCAUUCUGUCAGGCCUUUUAGUUUUAAUAUUUUGUAUUGCUCUUCAAAUGGAUCCUUUUAAAAAAUUGUAGAUAAUGAGUCAUAAAUAGAUUCUGCUAACUGAGGGGAGAAACACAUUUUAAGUAAAUAUUUUUCAGUAUUUGGGGCCUUAAAAAAUAACUGUUCCCUUAAAAUUACAUGUUAGAGUUUUUAGGUUUUUUUGGUUUAAGAUUGGUUAAAUCAGUUUAAAAGCCACUUUUUUGUCAACAUUUAAUAGCCUUCAUUUCUGUUAAGAUAAUUUAUACUGCUGAGGAAUUACUAUUAAUAGUUAUCAACAUGCCACCAUUAAGGUACUCACUUUAGAUUUUUUAUUAAAGCUUUUUUCUUGCACACUGAUCGUUGUGUCUCUAAGCUGAUUUUUUCAGCUCAUUUAUACCUAUGGUUAAAAAGUAUAAAAACUUAAACUGAUAUUUAGAUAUAUGUUUUCCUAUUAAUUUAUGUUUUAAAAAGACAAAAUUGAAUAUCUGUCAGUCCCUGAAGGCAGUUUGUUUUUAUACUCUCACAUUUUUAUUUGUUGUUUAAAUGGAAGUAUUUUAGAAGAUUUGGAGAAAAGUCCACAUAAUGUUUUUCUUAAAAGCUUUUAAAGUUUUUGCUGUACUUCAAUUUACUUCUCCCAUCAGAAAACUAAGAACAAAGUGUUGCACGGUCUGUUCUGCUGACCUAAAUUUGUGUUUUCAGCACUUGGCUCAGCCGAUUCACUUGAGUGAAGGAAUUGCUUUAUAAGACAAAGCAUGUGAAAGUUCUAAAGUAUGGUUAGAUUGCAGGUUAUGCUCUAUAUGGAAACAUCAAACCAUUACUACAGAGAAAUGAUAAGGCAUGGGAUCCACUAUUGAAAUUAUUAUUUUUGGAUCAACAAGUUGGUACUUUCUGACUUGUGUAUCUUAACAUAAGGGAAUUUUAGGUAAUGCUAAGUCAGUUGUCUCAUUUUUUGUGAUAACAAGUUUUGGAAUUUUUAGUUAAUUGAAAGAAAUAAUGCUUUUAAGUAGAAGUAAAAGGUUUAUAAGUGUGCAAAUUGUAGAUUUAUCAAUUACCUCAGCAGGUAUCCUGCCAUGUAAUUAUUAGUGAUUAGUGUUAAUAAGCUAAUAGAUUCAGGUCUUCCAACUAUGCCCUUGGAUUGUGGCCUACCGUAUGUUAUUAAAUGGUCUCUUACUAUCCAAAAUGGGAGUAGAUGCUGUGGCCCCCUCUCCCUUGGCUUUUACGUCCCACACCCACCCCCAUUCGUGUACAACAUGUGAAAUACAAAAAUCUCAUUUCUUGUCAAAGCACUGCUCAUUUGCAUACUCAGCAUCGGAUCAGUGAGUAGUUUUAUAAAAAAUCCACGUACCCAACUCCAUUAGUUAAAACAGAUUCAAUUCAUACCAUGAAUUCUUAAUUUCUGUACCAUCUAUGCUAAUGAUCUGCUGAAGGUGAUUCAAGAUUUUCAAGGUGUAAUACAGUUUGAUCAUGUACCAGACCUGGAUAUUUAAUUUUUUUUUCUCACAGUUUAUCUCCUCCUUGAUAAAGCAAUAACACUGCUUUAAGUCUGUUGCCUAAUAGCAUGUCAGAAUCCUCUCCUGGAUGGUGAUUUUAUAGGAAAGUUUGUAUGCAUAUCACCCAGUCUAUCUUUUAAAAAUUAAGAAAUUUAAAUGUAUGCUGGAAGUAAUGACAAUAUAUUGUGGCAUUUUAUUUUAAAAAUUGGGGAAAGUUGCAUAUUUUUUUAAAAGUAAGUGUUUGAGUAAAAAAAUUGAAGGUACUUUUUUAAGGAAAAAAAUUUAUAUGCCACAGUUUACAUAGACAUUUCAGAUUCAACACGUACUCUUGAAUAUAAUGGUUUCUUUUACUUGGUCAAAAUGCAUGUAUAGCAUUUCUUUCAUCUUAGUUCCUUGUGUUUGCCUAUGUGGUCGUUUAUAUAUUUUUUAUUGUAUCGGAGAAACAAAACUAUCUUCAAAAAUAAGUUAAUUUGGAUAUAUUUGUCAUAUCAAACUACAAAAUGUACAAAGUUAAGUUUAGCCCUUUUCUAGAAAGUGAUCUUUAAAAUUGAAAAUGCUCUUCUUUUAAAUUAACCAAAUUUACAUGUGUGGGAAGGCACCAAAAUGAUUUUGUAAGUGCCACUGCAAUAUUCCCUUUCAAGUGUGGCCUAAAUUUCAAUCUUAAGGAUGGAAUGCAUGUUCUGCUCCUGGUUCUGAAAAAUGUAGGCAUCUACUACGUUUUAAAACACAGUGAAACAUAUACAUAAGCCUAUAAAAAAGAUUUGUGCAAUUUGAAAGCCUGUUAAUUUUUUAUGUAAACAUACCUACACACGAAAGGGUUAAAUUCACAGCCUUACUAGUUCCUUGCUUCCAGUAUUUAAAUUGGUCUCCUCCCCUCAUUAUUAUUACUACUACUACUACUACUAUUUUUGCACAUAGUUAACUGCCCUUCAAUAUGAUUCUUAAAAAGUGCUGUUUCUGUGGUAUUGUAUUCUCUAAAUAAUCAUAUUUAAUUUUUUAAAACAAGGUUGCAGUUUCUAAUUGUUUCGUUCCUGUAUUUUUGCUGGUGUGUAAUAAAAGCAAGUUUUUUCUUUUCAUGGUUAUUUAAUACAUUAGCUGCCUGUAAAUAAUUCUUGUUAUAAUGCUCUGGAAUGUGUUGUAGAAGUUGUAUUAGAUUAGUUUUAAACCCUUGUUUGAAAGCCACAUUGUUUCGGUUAUUUCUAUUAAAUUAGAAAAUUGAAAAAGUUUUCAAA